CUGGCAGCUCAGGGCUUGGAUCCAUGGCUGCUUCCUGAUUGGCUGCUCAGUUAAAGGGCGGGGGUGCUGGGUCCCACGUGUUCGGCGCCUUCCUCUGUCCCAGCCCGCAUUGUCUGAGUGUCCCUCCUAGCUGACGGUCAUCAUGCCUACAUUUGUCCUCAAUACCAACGUCUGCCGGGAUGCCAUCCCCGAGAACCUGCUCGCCGACCUUACCAGCCAGCUGGCCAAGGCUACGGGAAAACCUGCAGAGGUGGGAGGAUGGUGACAGGAAAAGGGCCCCUAGGGACCCCACAGGAGGCUGUGCUAGGAUCUAUUGCUGUUGGCUGUGCUCAACUGGAGCCAGACUCUCUGACCCUUGCAUACUGCCUAUUGUGUGUGCGCCUUUAUGCAAUGCUAUCUGCCUAGGCUGCUCUGCCUCUUUAAAUCAAUUAAACAGUGUGCUGCUUCCCUUCAUACACCUGUUGUGCUUCUCUGUUUCCACGUGUGCAGCAUAAGAAUGCUACCUACCGCUCUUCAGACACAGCAUUAAAAGCAUGCGUCUCAGUACAGGGGGAAAAAAACAUGGCGGAAGUGCUACCAGUCCCAGAUCAGAGGGGGUUAAAAGCGCCAGGGGGCACUGCCCAGUCAGACAUUAGACUGGAUUAGUGCAUGGCGUAUGCUGACUGUAACGGUAUUCGGGAAUGCCAACUCAUGUCUGUAUUCAUUAUUUAAAUAAUAACCUCCACACCCUCCCCAGUAUUGAUUCUUUAUUUUGUACUUAUUUAGUAUCAAUGCAACUAGCAAGAUAUUAAUAAAUCUGGAUGUAGGGUGACCGAUUUUUCUGCCGAGUUUGUCAGAGGUAGUAGUGCAAUCGUGGAAAAAAGUGGUGUAUAUAGUUGGUGUAUUUGAAUUGGUAGUGCUACCUAGUGGUACAUAUGGUAGAUGUCCGUUUCUAAAUCCAGGUCAAAAUGGAUUCUACUUGACAUGUCUCACUUUCAUGGUAGAAUAACUUCCUGGGUAACUAAUUUUUUCAGCAUUUACACAUCGUGAUGUCAUAGAUAUCUGCAGGAAAAUUUAAUUCUUAGGUUUGUAUAAAUGAUUUUUCUUCUGUGUGAAAUAACCUUUUGGAACCAAAGAAGUCUAUUUCGAUUGCGUAUCCUAUUUUACACUGGUAGUUUCACAAUAUGAAACCGCAGUGCGUGCAACACACAUAAAUCAUUGAGUUAGAAAUGACAGAAAAAUAUUAGGUGAUGGGUGGGUUAUUCAAACUCCAAACUGCUAUGGCUGCCUAUAUUUUCACUUUACUACAAUGUAUGGUUUAUUAAACAUGCAGUAUUUGUUGCUUGCAAAUUUCUAGAAACGCCACUCCAACAGCAUUCACAUCUAACAAUGUGUAUCACAAACUUCCAGUGCAAUACUAACAAAGUGAGCACUUAACAUCCAUUAAGUUGUGUUUGUGUUAAUCAAAUAGUUACUCGCUAAACUGAGAAUUGACCAAUUAAUUGCAGGUUUUAGGUCAAAAUGGACCUUAUUAGUAUGUGUAUCUAGGCCUAAACUGUGAAAUCCCUGACAAUUUUGAUGUAGGAAAUUAGUUUUUUUCUAAUCAAUAAACUACCAACUUUAUAUUAAUAGAUAUUAGACCAUCAUGCCUUUUUAAAUAAUGCUCUUUCCUUACGUUCCGAUACUACCACUUGUACCAAUGUUGUCCAAAGAUACUAUGCAAGUUCUUAAUGCAAGCAACCUGUUUUAGUAGAUGAACGUUAUCACAAUGUGUCUGCCCUAUAUUUAUAACUUGUUUUCUAUUAUCUUCUUUAGUACAUUGCUGUGCACAUUGUGCCCGACCAAAUGAUGAGUUUUGGAGGAUCAACAGACCCAUGUGCUCUCUGUAGCCUGCACAGCAUUGGCAAGAUUGGGGGAACUUUAAACAAGACCUACACCAAACUGCUGUCUGAUGUACUUAGCAAACAGCUCCACAUAUCUGCUGACAGGUAAGUAGACCUCAUGUAGAUUUUACUGUAGUAAUUAAUGUCAAAUGUUAUUAGCCACACAGCCAUUGCGCCAGCUAUGUUGUAUGCUUUCUUCUAACUGGGUUAUUCACUGGAGUCUGAAUUCAAAAGGUUAAAAUAGCCAAACUGAAAAAAAAACUUUCUAUGUCCGCUAUAUUUUCGGUUUACCCACUUUGGCCUUAAAUUUUAGAUUAACUAUCACUUCAGUGGAUAAACCUGUAAGUGUCCACCAGGAUGCAUUUUCUGGUUGCUGUCAGAGUCCUCUCUAACUAAUAAUUGAAACAUGAAUCCAGGUUUUUGCAUCCUGCAGUUAAAAGGUAUACUCAAUGCACCAAAACAACUUCACAAAAUAAAGUUGUGAUGCCAGGAGGCCCCUGGAGGCACGCUUACCUCAAGGGUUUAAACCUUUCUCAAAUGGUUAAACCCAAAAAUUGUCUCCAGCGGCAAUCUCCACUACCCCCAGGUGGCAUCUGGCUUCCGAAGUAUCACUUUCAGGAAGCGCUGAUUGGCUGAGAGCGGUCAGAGGACUCUCCAUUCACAAACCUUGCUUGGUAAGAAACAUACUUUUUCAAGCCAGUUCUGUAAAUGGGAAGUCACUUCUUGGGGCUAAGGGGUGCUUACAAUGGAAUGUCCACUGCACCCCCUUCCCACAUUAUUAUUAUUGUUUAGGCCCCACAUAUUUAUCACAUUUAGACAGGGAUACAUAAUUUUGUGUGGGCUGCUACUUUUUGUUUUCCUCCUCAUUCACCGAAAGGUCCUUGAACUCCUGGCUAAGAAGAAUGGCCUGUUUAUUGGCUCCUAAAACUAAACCCACUACUGCAGCUCAGCCAAAGUAAAUAAAAACAAACCUUUAUUAUAUAGUGUUGGAGUGGGAGAACUAGUGUCUUUUUCCAGACUUUUUUUUUUUUUUUAUGAGAUACUUAACCAUUUUUUUUUCUCCUGCAGGUGCUACAUCAAUUUCUAUGAUUUAAAUGCUGCAAAUGUGGGCUGGAACGGUUCUACCUUUGCCUAAUGAUGAUGAUCCUUGGGGAGGCAGAAGCUUUUUGUCAUCCACUUGUAUCCUGUUUCCCAGAAUCCUGUAAAGCACUUACGGUUAAGCAUUCCUUACUGAAUAAAAUAUGUAUGUGAAACCUUAACAAA